GCUCCGGCCCCGCGGCUCCCCCGCACCCCCGCCGGCCCCGCCGUCAGCGCCACCGCACCGAAAGGCGGAGCAACCCCGCCGAGGCGAGGGGAGGCGCGGAGCGGCGCGGGGGAGCGCGGCCGGGGCGGCGAGCGGCUCCCCCCCGCUCCCUCUCCGCGUCCUCUCUCCCCUCCUUCCUUUGUCGUCAAGUGCGGUUUAGCAACAAAGAUCCCAACAAGAGAGUGGAAGUAAACUUAGCCGCGGCUUUGUGCGGCCCGUGUAGUGACAACAAGGGAAACAAAACUGCGUGUUCGUAGCGCCCGGCCGUGCCCCCAGCCCCCGGGGUGACGGUGCCGCCGGGCGCGGCGGCGGGCGGAGCGCGGCCCGGAGCCCUCCCCAGCGUCUGCAGAGGGGUCCCGGCCCCGCUUUGUGUUCGGCGGGGACGGCAGGUGGGAAACCCGUGUUUGCACUGUAAACCCCCAGCUCCGAGGCCGGAGGCCGGGGGGAAGGGCUUGGCGCGGCCGUACGGAGCAGGGCCCGGGCGAUGGCCGGGAGAUGGGCUCCGCUCCCGGCGGCGCCAGCAGCAGCGCCCGGCCGGGGCUCCGCUUGGCGGGGAAUGCACGGCCUGGACGGGGCGGGCGAGGCACACGCAGGGCCCCGCGCAGCCCCUCUGUCCCGAGGGGCACAGGCGUGCGGGAAGCCGUCCCCGUUCCGCUCACCCCAUGGCUUUCCUAGCCCCGAGCCAACGCCAACUUAAAGGGGGAGGGAAAAAAAAAAAAAAAAAAAAAAAAGAAAGAAAAAAAACCACCACGUAGCAACAAUGCUGUUUACCCACUUCCUCCAAAAGGCGUGUGUGACCUGUUGCUGGAAGGGGAGAUACAAAGGCUCCCAGUGGCCGCCCGGGCCGCCCCCGGGCCCGCCUCCCCGCCGAGCCGUCCCGGCGCGCCCAGCCCCCGCCCCGUUUCAUGCAAAACCAGGGGAAGAGACUUGUCCUCAGUGGCGGAGCCGCCGCGCUCUGAUUGGCCGCAGCGAACGCAUUUAUUGCCUGACAAGCCCCCAUCACAUGGAUGGUUGUCUAUUAACUUGUUCAAAAAAGUAUCAGGAGUUGUCAAGGCAGAGAGAGAGAGUGUGUGUGUUUGCAAAAGGGGGUAAAGUAGUUUGCUGGCUCUUUAAGACCGAGGUGGAGAGAGAGAGAGAGAGAGAGAGAGAGAGAGAGAGAGCGGCAGGCAGAGAAAAGGGAAAAAGGAGGAAGAAGUUUUUUAAAAUCAAGACUCCGGCGGUAAUAAUAGCAGUUAUUAGCAUUAUUAAUCCAUCAGCGAAGAAGAAGAUCCUGAUCUUGAUCCAAGUGUGGUUUUGGGGAGUCCCCCUCCCCCCUUUCCUACCCCUCCCUAGGAAAAAAAAAAAAAAGUCCGGCUUGGGACUCCGCUGCGGCUGCUCCUCGUUUCUCUGCUCAAGGCUGGUUCCAGCAAAAGUAGUUUGAAUGUACAACAUGAUGGAAACCGAGCUGAAGCCUCCCGCCCCCCAGCAAACUUCGGGGGGAGGCACAGGCAACUCCAACUCGGCCGCCAACAACCAGAAGAACAGCCCGGACCGGGUCAAGCGCCCGAUGAACGCGUUCAUGGUGUGGUCCCGCGGGCAGCGGCGGAAAAUGGCCCAGGAGAACCCGAAGAUGCACAACUCCGAGAUCAGCAAGCGGCUCGGGGCGGAGUGGAAACUUUUAUCCGAGGCGGAGAAGAGACCCUUCAUUGACGAAGCCAAGCGGCUCAGAGCUCUGCACAUGAAGGAGCACCCGGAUUAUAAAUACCGACCCCGGAGGAAAACCAAGACCCUCAUGAAGAAGGAUAAGUACACGUUGCCGGGGGGCUUACUGGCACCGGGCACCAAUACCAUGACGACUGGGGUAGGGGUUGGGGCCACCUUGGGAGCUGGGGUGAACCAGAGGAUGGACAGUUACGCGCACAUGAACGGCUGGACCAACGGAGGCUAUGGGAUGAUGCAAGAGCAGCUCGGCUACCCGCAGCACCCGGGCUUGAACGCGCACAACGCGGCGCAGAUGCAGCCCAUGCACCGCUACGACGUGAGCGCCCUGCAGUACAACUCCAUGACCAGCUCGCAGACUUACAUGAACGGAUCGCCCACCUACAGCAUGUCCUACUCCCAGCAAGGGACCCCGGGCAUGGCCCUGGGCUCCAUGGGCUCGGUGGUCAAGACGGAAUCCAGCUCCAGUCCCCCCGUAGUCACUUCCUCGUCUCAUUCGAGGGCUCCUUGCCAAGCUGGGGACCUUCGGGACAUGAUCAGCAUGUAUCUACCAGGUGCUGAAGUACCAGAACCAGCUGCCCCAAGCAGACUUCAUAUGUCCCAACACUACCAGAGUGCACCUGUUCCUGGCACAGCCAUUAAUGGCACACUCCCUCUAUCACAUAUGUAAGACAAAGGGGCCGGGGGGGUGGGAGGGGAGGGAAAGGAAAACUAAACAAAACAAACAACAAAAAAACUUUUAUUAGAAAUUCUGGACUUUUUUUUUUUUUUUGGACUAUUUUUGUACAGAGAAAACUCCAGAAGGGGGGUGGGGGUGGGGUUUGGGGGGGGGGGGUGGGUGUCAGAAAUUAAACCGACAAGGAACUUGUAUAGAUCUCGGAGGGGAAGCAACUACACAAAACUUUUAAAAAGUUCUAGUUAAAACGGUAGGAACUUUGCAGAAAGUUUGCAAAAGUCUUUACCAAUAAUAUUUAGAGCUAGACUCAAAGAGCGAAGAGGAAGAUGUUUUAAUAUUUGCAGGCAACUUUUGUACAGUAUUUAUCAAAAGACACAUGGCAAUCAGAAUGUCCAUUGGUAAUAUAGAGAGAAGAAAAAAAAAAAACAAGCUCGCGAAUUUGCCAAUUAUUUUUAAAAAAUAGAGUCUUCUUGGACCAUUGUGGUUGUGGCAGCUGAAUUUACAGCAGCUGCGAGAGGAGAGGAAAUUAUUUUACGGCAUUUGGACAUUUAAAUUGUUUUAGAAAUUGUACAAAAGAUAAAAAAAUGUAGGAUGAGUACUUGCGAACCAUGGGCUUGGUUUGCUGGAUAAGGGCAAACGUUUAGAUUGUACUAAAUUUUUUUUAAUUUUUUUUUUUUUUUACUUCUUGUUAAAAAGUAAAAAUUGCCAUGCAGGUUCACACGCCGUUUGUUAAUUUAUAAUAACUUUUUGUUUCCAGACUUCAUUCUGUUCAAAGAAAAGGAAAAAAAAAAAAAAAAAAAAAGGAAAAUUACCAACCUGAAAUUACUGUGUUUGAAAUAUUUUCUUAUGGUUUGUAAUAUUUCUGUAAAUUUAUUGUGAUGAUAUUUUAAGUUCUUUUUUUUUUUUUUUUUCUCCUCAUUUUCCGUAGUUGUAUUUUAAAGAUUCGGCUCUGUAUUAUUUGAAAUCAGUCUGCCGACAGUCCAUGUAUAUAUUUGAACUAAUACCAUCCUUAUAACAGGUACAUAUUCAAGUUAAGUUUUUACUCCAUUAUGCACAGUUUGAGAUAAAUAAAUUUUUGACAUAUGGACACUGAAGUUCCGCUUGAGUCUUGGAUUUAUUUUUGUAACGCAAGAUGUUUUUUAAAUAAUUCAUGCAGUAGAAGGUAUCACCGUAGCCAACCGAAUACGAUAAAUAAUGCAGUAAUAUAUAGCUAUAUAUAUAUAAAACGCAUGAAUAUUUUUAUAGGUAUGCAUAUAUAGAGAGAAAGUACGAUAGCUUUAAUGGAGUUAGUGCCUGUGCCUCCCUCGGGGGGACGGGAACGCGGAGCGGGGCUGUUUCCCGGCUCCCUCCCGUCCCUCCCGGGGUCGCGGGGUGCGCCGGGCUCGGGGGGCUCUGUCGCCGCUGCCUUUGGCCACUUGUUGCCCCCGGAGGGGCCGAGCUGGGGCUGGCGGGGCCGGCGGAGCGGCGAGCGGGCCGCGGGCACUGCCGCGGCCUCCCGGCUGCCACAGGCGGGUAAUGCCCUUCUCUCUUUUCUCUCUGUUCCCUUUCCCGACCGUGCCUCCUUCCGCCGGGCAGGCAGGAGGGGAGCCGGCUCCCCGCGGCCGGGAACCCGAGCGCGCCCGGCCCGGCCGCUCCUUUGUCCGCCUCUUCCCAAACUUUCCUCUCCUGCCUCCUGGGCCGCGCAGGAGGAGGUGAGAGGUGGGGCGGGCGUAGGGUUGGCCGGGCAGAGGUAAGAAACAAAAAAAAACCCGAACAAACAAACAAAAACAGUCGAAUGCCAGAGACUUUCACGGUUUAUCACAGCUUUUUCUUGAAUCCUAUUUCUUAAAUUGCCAGCGCGGUGUAGCCCCGUUUCGGACACUCUCUGCAGCCGGUCACAGCCCCAAAGAGAAGCGGUGGCGCCCGCCAUGUAGAAGGAGAGAUCCGCCGUCCGUGCCAGGUAGAGUUUUACUUUGUACGGUCGUACCCGCAGUUGCCGAGGACGCGGCUCCGCUCCGCGCUGGCGGCCCUGGCCGGAGCCAGGCCCGGGCAGGGCAGGGCAGGGGGCGAUGGGCAGCGCAGCUCGGCAUCCCUGCGGUAUUUGCUGCUGCUAACGCGGCUGCCCUUCGGGGAAACGCGCGAGAGGCAGAUGUAAAUAAUAAUAAUAAUAAUAAUAAUAAUAAUAAUAAUAAUAAUAAUAAUAAUAAUAAUAAUAAAGAAAAAUGUACGGAUUUUGGGAUUUGAAGCACUGUGAUUGGAAACUGGUCGUCUGUUCUGCUAAUGGCAUGUGGUACGUGGCAAGGGAAGCAUGUGAUGUUUGGCCUAGGCAAGGCACAGAGUGGGCACUCCGGCACGGGGCAAGCGUUGCUGAGCUUUUCUCUCCAGUAUUUCUUGUCAACCACUGGAUUUCGCUUUAGGUCGGGGGUGGGAAGAAAGCUGGGUAAAAUGCACACACGCGAUCACACACACACACACAAUACACACACACAAUACACACACACACACAAUUACCUGGCUGGUUGUGGCUUUUAUUUGGUAUUGCUAUUUCCUAGGCUCAGUUCUGGCCUCCAUCCUUGAAGCCUGGUGUCCAGAUGAAAAGUAACAUUGCCAGACUGGGAGACGUGGUGAUGUGCUCCCUGCCUGGUUUUGUAGUUUAGCUUCCUUUGUCCCUUUUAUUUCUACAUCGUCGCGGUGCUUGGGCCGGACAAUAAUUUUUGCAGAUUCUCAACCUUUUCUGUGUCUUUUACGCUAAUGCAACGAGUAAAACAUUCUUUUUCAGAGCUGUGAGCGUUUGCAAUGCAUUUGGGGAUUAUUCACGUGGUAACGAGCCCACAUCCCCGCUCCCGCUUGCCUCGCUGAGAAAAGAGAACCAGGAAUAAAAGCCCAAUCGAUAUCACGAUUCCAUUUUUAAAAGCGAAUCUUAGCCAAUUAACAGCAAUAAAACCUGGCCCCUUUUUGAAGUGCUAACUAAAAUAUUCGAGGGGGGUAUUUGGAAAUGUUGGUCCUUUUACAAUUCGCAUAGAGAAGGCGAGCUAAUACCCCUAAACAAAAGGCACUAAGCCACAUAUUCAGGCUUAGUGAAUUCAGCAACUUUUUAUAAGGGCAAUUUGUUUAAGCUUAGAUUUCGGAGUACGAUUUGAAAUAUAUGUGGUUGAAACCUGAUAUCACUUGGACAGAUUCCUUACAUCCAUCCAUCCAUCCAUCCAUCCAUCCAUCCAUCCAUCCAUCCAUCCAUCCAUCCACCCAUCCAUUUAUCCGUUUAGGGAGGAUAACCCAAAGCGUUUUACAUGUACAGCUGAACAGUUUUAUUUUUAAAGUGCUACUUGGAGGAACGCCAUUGUCCACUGCUCAUUUUAAAUUCAACACAUUCAAUAACGCCAUUUACACCUAAGCCAUUAUCCUGGGCUUUCGUUUAUGGCAGCUGAAAUGUGUAGCAGAGCUCGUGGGUAUGUUUUUAUUUUGGUUAUUGAAGACCUUUGGGGCUCUCCGUGGUUUCUCUCUCGUGAAUUGUUGUGUAUUUUAUAGCCAGAGUGAUGCUCGGCCCAAGAGUGCCAGUGUAAUGUUUCCCUAACCUUCUACAGAGCCGAAGUGAACCCAAGGAUAAGAUUAUAGUUUCCCCUGUGAUUUUUUUACGGCUUUUUAAGUACUGGGGUGUUAAAAUAUUUUGCGGAACUGGAGAGGUAGAUUAGCAGGGUUUCUUGCCAAAGCUGGGAAGCUGGUAUUACAGACUGUCCCAGGGGGAAAUCGCUCACAUUAACCACUAAAUGAAUAUUUGACAAGGGCUCAUUCGGGGGUAUUAUUACUACAAACGGGUCCCUACUGGACUUUCCAAGGGUCAAAGAGCAAUGGUUCAAUUAAUUAUUUAGACUGUUAGUAGAUUUGGUUGUAAUAGCUGUAGUUAUUUCUGCAAGCGACAGCUUCUUGCGGUGGGGGAUCUGGGGAGAGGCUCUGCCUCGCAGCACCGGCUCCAGCCCGUGGCUCUCUGUUGCCGACAGACAUUUCUUAGCCGAAACCACGUUUUGAUUCCUUGAGAUGCCCACUGGUGCCGGGUGGGACAUCAGGGGUGACAGUGAUCCUCACAGCAGAGUGUUUUCUCUCGAUAUUCAUUCCUCCUCUUCCCCAACGGGCAGCAGAGCUGGAUAUCUGCCUCCGAAUAGGAGGUAGAUAGCCCAGCAAUUUAAGUAGUAUAUAAUGUAAGUCCCACUGAAAGAAAGAGGCCCAUUACUGAUAGGUGUGAUUAGAUACACUUCAGUCAUUUAAAUCCUGAUCUAACUCAAAUACUAAAAUGUAAAACCUGCUUCGGUGGUUGUGAGAUUUCCGAGGAUAUAUGCAAAAUGCUGACAUUCUGAUGGCAGAAGAGUUUCGUCUUUGCUUUUUUAAACGCCAGUCAGCCUCGCCUGCCACUGUCGUUUCAACAUUUUUCUUGGUGAGGAGGGGAAAGAGAAGGGAGGAUUAUUUUGUUUAAUUUCUACAACAAACACGUCCGUAGUAGUAGAUACCAAAAAAAAAAAAAAAAAAAAAAAAAAAAAAGGCAAAAAACCCCAAAAUAACGUUGGGAGUGUGCGAUUAGGUGACAAUAAUGUAUGUUGAAUGAAUAAGAGAUAAGCUGCAAGGGGGGAGAGGGAAGCAGUAAUUACAAACCCAAUUCAUUCAGCUUUUCAGGACUUUUGUUGUGGGAGCUCCAUUGACGGGCUUCGAGCUGCCAGUUUUCUCACAUUAAAAAGAACUGAUCAGCGCCUCAGGGGGACAAGCAACACCGCUUAACUGCAUAGUGAUGGGGUCCUCAUUUAGAGCCAUUACAACAAGAAAAUUAAACAGAGCCUUUGUGUGCACCAGGUUUACUUUUCAAUUGCUGACAGUUUAUAGCUAACUGCUCAGAGAUUUAAGUUUGAUUGCGGUUUGAUCGCCUGCUAGUUAGCACCGCCGCUAUUUUAGUUUUGGUAAUUAAAACCAGUUUUUCUGACGAUGGCACGGGGAAUUGCGAGAGUUUGGUACAAUUUUGCUUUUGAGGAAUCAAUUCACUUGGCGAGGACGUACAGCGCUACAGUGAGUGUGGGGGCUGGUUCGCUUGGAAAGGAAAGGAGCCCGGGGUGGAAAUUCCCGGAGCUGCGUUUGGCCACACCGGAGCGGAGGGCGAGCUCCGUCCUGCGGGCCGGCCCUGCCCGGGCCCCGCCGCCGCUCCGGGCUCCGGCAGCUGCGGGCUGGAGGAGCGGCCAGGAGGAACAAAGCGAAACCCCGAAGCUCUCAGGAUGGUUUUGGAGCUUUGCUUUGGAGUUCGCUGAGGGUUUGCUGCGGCUGAGCCGUGCGUGAGAGUGCGUGUGUGAGUGUGCCUGUGUGUGACCGUGUGUGACCGUGUGUGACUGUGUGUGACCGUGUGUGACCGUGUGUGACUGUGUGUGCGUGUUUUUGUAUCCGUGUGCGCCUGUGCGUACAGGGGGAGGGGGCGCGCCGAAACAAGCUGCAAUUUCCCAUUACAAUUUAGCAAUGCUGGAGGGGAGCGCGGACGGCCCUUCCCGGGCAGUGUGGUGCGGGUUGGGGCCCGGCUGUCCCGCAGGAGAAGCUGCAGCCCUGCCGGCAGGAGCGGGGGAAUCCCGUGGGCGGGGGGUCCUCGCUGCGAGCGCCCGCGGGGAACGGAGCGGGGCCGGGCCGGAGAAGUUUCUGCAGGAGUUUGGCUCAUCCGCUGGCGCAGCGUGCUGCCUCGCAGCACCUCUGCCAUGUGGGCGAGAGCUUGUACAGAGUGGCUUUAUCUUUUGAGACUUUUUUUGUUUUGGUGGUUAUUUUUUUUAAUUUGUCCCUUUUAUAUUUAAUUCUUUUAGGAUUUCUCUGUGUUUUGUUUGUGUUUUGCUCCCGUCCCUACCCGUUCCCCCGACUCCCUGAUGAAAGCGCCUCUCCCUCCCUCCUUCCCUCCGAAUGUGUUUCAGACUCAAAUCACCGAGCGGUUAUUCCAAGGCAGUUGCCUUCUCCAGAGGGGCGAGGUGGCAGCUCGGGAGGGUCCCCGAGGGGCACCCUGCGGCACAGGGAAUUGUCAGGCCGCUUCCGCGGGGCCCGGCCGAGCUGCAUGGGGCCAAAGCGGCGAUGCCGCCGGUUCCUACAAGCUCUCGGGGCCGGGGGAGAGCGCUCAGCCCCGGGGCACGGAGCUGGGCUGUGUCCUGGCGUCUCCCCACGGCACGUCCCCACGUCCCGAGCCCCGCGGCGGGCGCAGCGCUGCUCCGGGCCCGGGCCGGGAUGCGCCCCCGCUCCCGCACGGAGCCGCUGCCCCGGGGAACGGGGUGGAGGCCCGGCCUCCCGCGGGCCCCCCCGCCCCGGGUCCUCGGUGACCCCAUCAUCUCCGCAGCAGUUAGGGCUGAUGACGUAAUGUGGGCCUUUUUUUUUUUUUUUUUUUCCCCAGAAAAUCGUGAUUAACGGCAGGGGAUGGGGAGGGGCAGAGGGGGGAAUCCCACCGGGUGCUGGAAAGACACGGGUCUCUGCAGAGGCUUUCCCGCGGGAAGGCUCCGCAGGGGUGUGUUGGCACACCAGCUCACACUCACUCACACACUCACAACUCACACGCGUUCCAGGCUGAGAGCUUGAUCCUGCAAACCCGCCUCCCAUCCUGCGGGAAGCUCCCAGCGCUGGGGCGGCCGGUCCAGGCGAGCCGACCUUACUCGGGCGAGUCGGGACGCCCAGGCCCGGAGGCGGCUCGGUCAGAACCGAGUCCCGCAGCGCUCCGCAGGGCGGCCGGGCCGGGCUCCGGGAGCGGGGCUGGGGCUCAUCCCCAGCUGCCCCCGCCUGCCGGGCUCCGGGAGCGGGGCUGGGGCUCAUCCCCAGCUGCCCCCGCCUGCCGGGCUCCGCUGCCACGGGAGAAACUCUCCAACGUGUCCUUCUGGCAUCGCUGGGAAUGAUGGUUCCUUUAAGCUCUUACAAAUUGCAGAAGUUGAGGAAGACAGAGAAAUAAUUAAUGUAUUAAAACAAGCAGCGAAUUCCUCAGGAGGCACCUUAUCAACUCCAGCCACACUGGCUUCAUCCCUCCUCGUAUGCUAAUACCCCGUGACGUCAUUGGCGCCAGAUUGAAUGUGAAUCAGUUAUGAAAUUAUUAGUUUUAGCUUAAAAAGCAAUCUGGCUCUCCCGUGAGUGGGCUUUGCCUUGCUGCGGGUUCUCGCUCCGUGUCCUCCCCAUGUUAUGCACACACAGUAGCUGCGACUUUCCUGUCGCAAUGAAUCAAUAUUUCCAAAGCACACAUCCUAACAGGGGGUGAUGUAAAGAAACCCAUAGAUUAACUGGGUCCCGUUUCUGAGUCGGCUGUGUCUUCCUUAUCGAUACACACUUUACACCCGAAACCAGACAGUCGGAUUUCCUCCUACUUUUCAGGGUCUGUGUGAUCUCCUCCAGGAGAGGCGACUCAGCAGCUCGGUCCCCUCUGCCAUCUCAGCACUGCCAGGGGAGCAGCCCAGGAGGAGCAGAGCAGUGGCUGAGCAGCAAUUUGAAUAUCCAUAUUUAACUCUUCAAACAACAGAAGAUACUUCAGAACCAUGUUAAGAAGGAUAAGCUUGGAGUGCCCAGUCACCGUGGUAACUGCCAGAAAAAUUCUCCUGAAGUUUGAAGAGGUCAGCUAACGGGGUCAACAACUCUGGCCUCUCUCUGAGCUGGGCCUGGCAGGCUCCAUCCUGCGGUUGGGGUGUUAGCGCAGGCUGAGCCCUGGGAGGUGGACCAUUCCAGCUCUGAUAUAAAUUUUUUGAGUCAGUUCACGGCCUGGACUCUCCAGGUGGCCUCCAAAAUCGAUUGUGACCUUGUGACCCUGUCUAACGGAGGCAUAGCAUCCAACCUAAGUAAGGAUUUAGCCAGGAACGACAGCUUUCCACUGAGUGUUAUUGGGGACAGUACAAACAGUUUGGGAAGCAAGGAGGUAGGUAUGAGGAGUGGAGGUCAUUAAAAGCAUAUUAAAAAACAAUGUUAAAAAUCCUUUUUAGUUGAAAGUUUUUAUUUGCAGUAACCAUUCCUUAAAUAAACCCUUCUGGCAACUAUUUUUUCCUUCUAUAAUAACAUUGCGUCAAGUGCUUCAGUGCAUUAAUAUACGAAAAAUCGGCACUUUGCGUAUUCCAAACCAAACUAAUAUUUUAUCUACCUCUGGAUUUUGAACUUGUAAAUGAAGCUGGCUGACAUGUGUUAAGCUAGAUGUCUGUGAAGUGUUUUUUUCCUUAAUAUCAUAAAACUAGGAGACUGGUUAUUAAAGUAGGCUGUUUAUUUUAGGUAGUAAUUUCCCUAAUAUGUGCAUUCUUUUUAGGUUCAAAAGUCUCUUAAUCCCUGUAAUCUUAUUUUUAAACUGGGAAAUUAGGUAACAUUAAGAAUAGUGUGAAAUUAAAGUGUGAGAGUUUCACAGAGUUUUCAUUUACUGGUUUGCAGUACAGAUAGAAAAGCUACAAAACUUAUUAUAUAUUUUUGUAGAAAACAAAUUGAUCUUGCUAAGAUCAUAUUCAUAGAGAACAUGAUAUUUUUGUCCCUUAAGAUUUUAAGCAACAAAUCAUAUAGGGGAGGGAGGGGCUGUUGCAGAGUUCUGAUUUUGUUAUUGAAUCUAGAAACUUGCCCUUCUGAGCAAGUGGUUUUGCUCUUGUGUUUUAUUCCCACAGCUACAAAACCUCGUGCAUUGCUCACAUGAGUAAUUGGUAGUUGUUGGAUGAGUAAGUGGAACUACACGGAGGAGCAAAGUCCAGUUCCUGAGGUGGAAAGUACUAUCAGACUUUAAAACCGCUCCGAAGGAAGAAAAUAGCUUUAAUAUUUAUUCCCAGUUUUAGAAAACUUGUACAGUGAGAACCUUGCCCGGACACUUCUCGUGCUUGCCAGGGUCUGGCUCUGAUGUUUUUCUUCCCAGCCCCUUCCCAGCUGAGCAGUUCCCCCAAGGCUGGAGGAGCUGCACAGAGAUGGGGCCAUAAAAUACAGUUCAGGAAGAGCAUCUGAGCUCUGCUGAACAUCAUUGUACUGCUGUGAGGUCCCACCGGUUGCAACAGCAAGAAUGUCUAACUGUUUCUUGCAGUAACACCUUACUCUGCAGAAAGCACCCAAAAACCCAUGGGCUUUUGGCCAAGGUCCUGCCUCUUAUAGGGUCAUCAUAAUCUGCUCCGGUGAGAGCAGGUUGGAAGACCAGGAGUAAGAAAUGGGGCUGAAUUUUGCCAUGAAAUUAUUUAAGGCCUGCACCUGCACAUUCAGGUAUCCAUGGUGACACUAUUUAACUCUGCCCUGAAUACUAAUAAUAGUUGGGUUUUGGUGGUCAUUUUUAACAGACCUCUCCUGAAAAUAAUUUAUUCUCGUUAGGAAGCAUGUUGAUUCAGGACUUCUGUGACUGAGUUUGGUAAGAUGAAACUUACAGCACUUGGUGAGAAUCAGAAUAUUUGCUUGUCUUUCAGAAAACAAAAAUUAAAAAUAGGACUGUAAAUAGCUGGACGGUGAAUCUUUAAUAUUUUCAAAAGCAUCUGUGUAAUUUUAAAAAAAUAUAUACUCAUCUGCUUUGAAUUGCCAUCACUCAAGAACCAAGUUCUACUGAUAAACAGGGGAUCACUUCAGAAAACAGAACAAUUCCACUGGAGCUUUUGGAUCAGAAUUGCCCCAUAUUUGCCCUAAAGCCUCCAGUUUGGAAUGAGGAAUAGUUGGCAGAGGCAACCACAAGGAGAUCUAAGAACUUGAACUUGCUGCAAAUUCUUUAGCGUUGACUUCUGUAGAUCCUAUUGAAUUUAUAAUCAGCUGCAAAUCUACAAAUGUCCCUCGGAACAGGUCCUGGUCUUGCAUGUUUUGUACCUCUUCACAUUGUUCAGUUCAUCCACACCCAAGCAUUUGGAGUGCCUAGAGGUGCUAUGUUGGCAGCAGCUGCAGUGGACAAUUCUUCUUCUUCCCCAUCAGUGCAGUGAAGUGCUCACACAGCUUCAUUUGACUUUUUGGAAAACUCCCUGAAGUGCAGGUUCUUUGAGUUUCACCAGAGGGAUGUAUGUGAAUGGGCUUUGUGCUGUGUUAGAGACAAACCAGCAGAAUCACCAAAGUCUCUUGUGAUUUCCAGCCCCUGUCCUAUGGACCACUGAUAACCACUGCGGCCUUUGAAAGUUUACUGUGGCUGGUCUGUGGAAUUAUAUUAAAUAAUAAUGCCCAUAGUCUUCAAUUUAGAUUUUUAUUAGUAGAGUAUGUGGCAGUUUUCAAGAAAAUCUGAGUCUGAGGGUAAUCUGCUGCCUGAAAGCUCAGGGAAUCCUUGCUGUACAGGAAUAUGUCCUAGAUCAUGGGCCAUAAGGUGUUGGGAGGUAUUUUGUUCAUGUUUUCAAAUUAAACAUAUGCCCAGUUAAAUGAAUGGGUUUUAUUACUCAUGCAAACAAACAAAACAACAAAAAAAAACCCCACUUCAAUAUAAAACAAAGAAAAUAAAAGUGACAAAUGGACACUGAAGCCUCAGCCUAGUUUGUGUUUGCUUGUGUCCAAAGCCUGCAUUGCCAGUGCUCUGCAGAGACAGAGAAGCUCAGCUUCAGAGAGCAGCACGUGUCCAUGGCCUGGAUCAGGGCUGCCAGAGGUCUCUGCGUUCUGGAGGAAGCAGGGAGGGCAAAUGAGCACUGGGACUUGCAGGGAGGAACAAAUGAGCACUGGGACUUACAGGGAGGGACAAAUGAGCACUGGAACUUACAGGGAGGGACAAAUGAGCACUGGGACUUGCAGGUGUGCCAGCAAAAGGUCCUAAACAAGAGCUGAGUCUCCUUGCUGUUACUUCUUCCUCUCUGCCUUGAGAAUGUGUGGCUGGUGUCCAGAGGAAAAGUCAAACUAAUUCUGAUGCUUUUUCCUAUUCUGGGUGGACUAAUUCAGAGAAAGCACUUAUGGCAGCCUUUGUGGAAGGGUUGCAAUAUAGGUUGAUACUUUAGGAACUAUAGGAAGUUCUUAAUCCUUCCCUGCCUACGGGGCUGUCAUUUAUAGACCUGCUAUUGUCUCAUCUUUUAUAAGGAUGUUUCCUUACAUUAAUGUUCCAAGAGCAACCAGACUUUGCCAUUGUUCCCAGCUAUUUCUGUUUGUGGCUUAAUGCACAUCUAGUAUUCUGUUUAUGCUUUCACUGCUCUCCUACGCAGCAGACUGUACCUACACACCAGCUUAGGUGACAUCACUCUCAAAGCAUUCAUUUCUGUGUUCCUUUUUUUUUUUUCCUCCUGAUUUGUCUGUGCAUCUUGAUUUUGCAUUAGCCUAGUUUAUUAUAGAUAACAUGAUAAAGUAUAUGGAACUUUAUGCAUUUAGUUGUCAUUUCAUCUUCAUUUCUUGUUUGAUAAACUUGCUUAUAACAAAAAGCUUUUAGAUGCAUUUUUCAUAACAACAAAACCCCUCUUACUAUGUAAGAAGAAUGAAUUCAGCCAUGAGCAGAAAAAAUCGAAGCAUAAAUCAUUUUGAAUGUAUAAAAUUUAGCUUGAUGUUAAUGGUGGUUUAAUUACUGGAUUUUUUAAAUUAUGGCUAUUCAUAAAGACAUCCAUUGUUUUCUGCUUUGAUUUAUGUCCAGAUUAGCCCCCUUUAGAACCUCUUUUCUGGCAAUCUCAGCAACACAUGAGGGCCUGGCAGUUAGUGCAGACAUUGACAUCUUCCCUCACUGCUCCUUCUCCUGAGCUGUUCCACCAGCUCCACAGCCUGUCAUUCCUCAGGAGCCCUUAAUGAUGCCUUUCCUCCAUCAUCUGCUCCAUGGCCCUUCCAGAAACAGGUGCUUUUGUCAAAGUUUCCAAACCAAUGUAGAAACAGAUACUGAAAUAAAGGCAGGUGAUGUGGUGUUGGGGUGUGUCAGGACCUUCCUGUCCUGUCCUGUCCUGCAAGCCAAGAUUCCAAACCUUAUCCAGAGCUCAGCUCUAUCGCCGUGCAAUGAGAAUGAUAGAAACAACAUCUUUGCAAAGUGCUUAUAUAUGUGAAAAAUUUGAUGCAAAUUAAAAGCUACCUAGGUUUUGUCAAACCUAACUCUACCCAGCACUUCACCACCACCACUGCCCUCUCAGCUGCUCAAGAUGUGCCAAUAAUCCUUUUAGAGUCACUGGUUUUGCAUCAUGCCUUGCAAAAUGUGACAUUUGGGCUUUUAAGCUACCCUUGUGUUAUAACAUACAUAGCAGAACUAAUAUAUCCUUUUUCCUCAUGCAUCUUCACUUUGCUGAAAAAAAAUCCCACUGCUGAACAAACCACCAGCAGCCUGAUGAUGCAGGGCGAGGAGUGCCCAGCGACCUUUGUGUGCUCAAGGCACAGCUUUAUCCUGGCCUUCCGUGGGACAGUGCACAUGGAAAUGUGUGAUCUAUUCCUUCCUGAGCUCCAGUCAUGCCUUGCUUUGCAGUUCCUCUCGCUGGUUCUCAUAUCCUGGCAAGAUGCUACAAACCCCACAUGACAAAGAUUAGAAGGAAAUACUUAUUUGAAGAAAUCUCUGUCAUUAGCUGUGCUGAUUUUCAACUAGAAUUGCAACAAGGAGCAUUUUAUGGGAAUCUCUCCAUGACUUUUCAAAGAAAAUUGCAAAGGUAACACCUCUGGUAAUUGCUGCACUGUGUAAGUAGAUGAGAGAACCAUCAAUUGGAAAACUCCAGCACUGGUCAGACUGCCCUGCUCCCUGACAGCACACAGCAGGAGGUAAUUCAAGAGGAAAAAAAGCUAUAAAAGGAAACAGCAAAUUUGAGCAUCGGUGUGCACACCGCUGUGUGUCCUGGUACCUCUGCUGGGACACUGGCUCUCAGGAGGAGUUUCAGUGACAGGUGAACACGCAACUUUCAGUUGCAUCCACACACGGCGUGUUUGCUCCCGCAGCUCUGCCAGGGCUGAGGAGGGAGGGCAGCUCCGGGUGCUGGAAUUGCCGAGCUCCAGCCCAUCCCCCGGCCUCUGUGAAACUGCACAAAGCCUCCCCUAAACGUGAAUUUAAAACGCUUUCAAAUUGACAACCUCCUUUUAAAUAAAAACAUUUAUGUUAAGCGAAAGGCAUGUUUGCCUCUACAAAUAAAUGGAAUUAUGGUUCUAAGACCUGACUUAAUCCUGAAGUUCUUAGACUGCACAGUAAGUAGAAAAGAAAGAGCAUUGUUUGGAGGAGCAGGGGUUAGCAGGAUCAGGCUCCAUCUUACAUCUUCCUCCUCAUUUUCCUUCUGGCAUUUCAUACACCUUUCUCAGAACUACCACUGGCUGUUUAUAACAAAGUCAAAGUAACUUCAUGUCUGUUACCUAAUUGAAAAUAAUUGAGGGAUGGUACACAGUGUGCCCAUCCAGCAUUCCUGCUGGAAAAAUCUGAGGAUUGCUAAACAAACAAAAAAUGCUCUUCCUCCAAAUGUAUUUUUAUGCUAAAGUCAUGUCCUUUUGAAAUUAAUUUUAGGACUUCUCUUAAAUGUGUUGUAAGUAUUUGUUCUUUUUCUACCCUAUUUUCUUUGUGAAAAAGUAUUUAAAAAUCUGCAUUGAGGUUUCAAAUGGUCUGAGAGAAGAUGUUUACAGAGUAAUAAUGCCAUUUGUAUUUGUUAUAUAUCUGAAAAUGGAAUUUCUAAUCAGACAAUAUUAAAAUAUAUUUGUAUUA